UAGGCUGCAGCUCGGGUGCUUCUGCCACGUUGAGGGUUUUGUAGAAGGGCAGUUUCAAGAGUAAACAGGCUGGAUUGAGUGGCUGGGCGGGGGGUUUUAGCUGAGCUCGGUCCACUAUGGUGGGGAGAGCCAUGCUACAAGUGCUGAGUAAUGGGGGGAAACAAGUUCUGCAGGUACUGAUAUUGCGGAGGACUGAAAAGAGGAGUGUAGGGUACCAGAGAGGUAGCGGAGAACCACAGAGCACGAGUGAUCGCUGUGCACAAAGGAUUGUGUGUGGACUUUUUCACAGAGCUUGGACAAGUAGCAGAGGAGGACUGUGCCGUUGCGGGUUUUAGAGGAAGAAGACUGCGGUGUUGUGGGUACUGAGGAAGCCACAGGAGGGGAAAGAACUGUGGGAUGGUUCCACAAGUUUGGGGCUUUUAAAGGUGCAGUUUAAGACUUUAAGACAAUGAGACUGGGGGAAUUCAAAGGAUCAAUGGGAAACAAAAGGACUGUACGCAGAAGCAACUCUGCAAGUAUGAAGUGUUUGAGGUAUUGAAUGAGACAGUAAAUGGACAAGGAUUGCAGACGUGCUACAAGGAUUGGGGUAUGAAUGAGGCAGUAAAUGCAGAACAACUUUUAGGCUGGUAAAGGUGCAAUAAACUAGGAGUUGCUGGCGAAUUUCAGAAGGCUGCGUUGGAAUAUAUGGCCAUUUUCUCUAUUUGCGUGAGCAACAGAGUGCGCCUGAAGCGACUGCGCAUCCUCGCGCUGAUUGUGCCUGCAUUCCUGUUGCUUGUGCUCGCCGUGCCGCAUGCUCUUGCACCAGCCACCUGGCUGAACUCAGACAUAGACUCAGAGUCAGACCUGGAUACACAUGUGACACUACUGCUUCUGUGGUGGGCGCCAUUCGGUAGCACACAAAAGCUUCCAGGCUCCUGUACAAGCUAUGGAGUACGUGGGUGUGUGCUUACGCUGGACAGGGAGGAGUAUGGGCAUGCCGAUGCAGUAAUCAUGCACCACCGUGACCUGGUUAAUGAACCGGAUGCGCUCCCGAAGCCCCCUCGUCCAGAAGGGCAGAAAUGGAUCUGGAUGAACUUUGAGUCGCCCUCACACUCACCGUGGCUAGAGGGUCUGGAUGGAGUUUUUAACCUGACCAUGUCCUACCGCUUGGGGUCUGACAUCUUUCUACCCUAUGGCUACCUCCAGCGCCGUCGCCACAGCAAUAGUGUCAACCCUCUGAACAGACAACAUGGCAAUGGCAAACAUCACCAACAUGCCAUUGAUAACCAUCUUCUGGUCAAUCGUAAUGGUAAUGGCAAUGGCGAUGCGAGAAAUGGAGUCCAUUCUUCGGUAGCUCGGCAUGGCAAUGACUUCAAGUCUCUGGUGGACCAUCAUAGCAUUAACAUCAACUAUCCAGUGGAUGAGGAAAAUGUCAAUGAUGGCAAUCUUUCUAGCAACAAUGGCUAUCCUGUGCCCUGGCGUAACAUCCGGUCAGUCCGCAGGCGACGAACACUGGUUGCCUGGGUGAUAAGCAACUGGAGUGAAGAGCAAGAAAGGGUACAGUUCUACUGGAGGCUUCGCCGUUACAUCAGAGUGGACAUAUACGGCCGCCGAGCGCUCAGCCUGAUUAAUGACAGCGUCUUCCAGACCAUCUCCGGCUACAAGUUCUACCUGGCAUUUGAAAACUCCAUCCACACGGACUACAUCACUGAGAAACUCUGGCGUAAUGCCCUGGAGUCCGGUGCAGUGCCCGUGGUUCUGGGACCACCACGGGAAAACUAUGAGCGCUUUCUGCCUCCAGACGCUUUCAUCCACGUCCACGACUUCAAAUCUCCACGAGCUCUCGCUGCCUAUCUCUUGUAUCUGGAUCGAAACCCAGCUCAGUAUCGCCGCUACCUGGCCUGGAGGCAUGACUACACCGUGCACGUGACCUCAUUCUGGGCGGAGCAUUACUGUGCUGCCUGCCGGGCUGUCCAAGCCAGUCGCAAGCAACGGAAAACAAUUAAACACCUAGGAUUCUGGUUCCAGUCUUGAUGGACAUGGGAAACUAUUAUUACUAUUAGGAGACAGACUCAGGAAUAUUAAGUUGCAAUUCGUUUUUGGGGAUAUCCUGCCCUUUUACACAGCUAAAGGUUAUAGAAAGGGAAAUUGUACUACUGUAUAAGUGCUGUAUCACAGUCUAACUCUAUUGGAACUGUAGUAAAUGGUAAUGACUUGUUAUGAUUCGAGCAAUCCAAGUGGGGUUUCUUGUGAAAUUGUGGUUCAUUAUUGAGAAAUGUACUGAACAUUCAAACCCACCAUGUAUCUUCUUAGUUGUAUAUGGAUAGUUGGUGAUGGUAAAAAAAAAAAAAAUACAACUCUGAAUAAAAAAUAUUUUGGGACAUUUUUUUUGUCGCACUAUGAAGGUACCACUCCACAGCUUUAAUCUUAAUCUAAAUUUAAUAAAGGGAGUUUUAGAGGUGCUUUUCCAUUCCAUCACCUCCACUGUGAA